UGGAAUGAGUGGAGUGACAACAGAAGUAAAAGAUUGUGUAUAAAAUAAUGACGAAAAAUAACUAGGAUACCUUGGUAACAAACUGAUAGUGUCGACAUGGGGAUCUUACAGACGCUCCUAAUUCUGUCUUUUAUUUUAAAUGGAUCAUCAGGGAAAAACCAUCCAUGGAAACAUCCCGUUCUCUCACCUCGAUCUUCGACUCAACCCCCGAGACAACGCAUAAUUGGUGGAUCCACCUCCAUACCACAUUACUGGCCUUUCAUGGCCUCACUCCAAACCCACGACGGGUUCCACUUCUGUGGUGGGGUUCUGGUGGCGACCAAAUGGAUUCUCACAGCGGCUCACUGUCUGGACGGACAGAGUGCUCAGUCCUUCCGUGUUGUAAUGGGGGAGCAUGACCUUUCAACAAACGAGGGAACAGAACAAUUCAGGAACCUCAGCUCCAUACACAUGAAUCCCUUCUACGACAUCCAUCAUUCCGAUUUUAACUUCUACCUCCCUAACGAUGCCGCUCUUUUAGAACUGAGUCAGCCUGUGGUAGAGAACCCUAACGUUCGAGUAGCUCUAUUACCUACAAAGUGUGACGACUUCACCGGGCAGGACUGCUUUGUCAUAGGCUGGGGGAAGACGCUGGAUUCAGAUCAUUCCAAUCUUCUUCAAGAAUCCACCAUGACGGUCAUUGAAACCAAUCUGUGCAGCACUACCUGGGGGAGCUACGUUUACUACGACAGUCUGUGUGUCAUCAGCUAUGGCAGCACACCCUGCUCUGGUGACAGUGGUGGCCCCCUGAUCUGCCUGGACCGUUCCCAGUACGUGAUAGCUGGGGUGUCCUCCUGGGGAGACCUGGAUUGUGGGUACCACCCCUCUAUCUACACCAAAGUCUCGGAGGUCCUCUCCUGGAUCCAUGACAUUACUAAGUAAAUGUUGUGUACCAACACAGGGAAAUGGACUA